AUGAGUUCGCUGAAUAUUGUUAGUUGCUUACGUACAGGUCACAAAUUCUCCCAGGCUAUUGAUUUGUAUACACAAGCAAUAGAACUCAAUGGAAACAACGCUGUGUAUUGGGCAAACCGUGCAUUUGCUCACACCAAGUUGGAGGAAUAUGGCAGUGCGAUACAGGAUGCAUCAAAGGCCAUUGAAAUUGAUCCUAAAUACUCCAAGGGCUAUUACAGACGCGGUGCUGCGUAUCUUGCCAUGGGAAAAUUUAAGGAUGCCUUGAAGGAUUUCCAACAGGUUAAAAGGAUUUCUCCUAAUGACCCUGAUGCGACAAGAAAGCUAAGAGAGUGUGAGAAAGCAGUGAAGAAACUGAAAUUUGAAGAAGCAAUCUCUGCACCUGUAUCUGAAAGGAUCUCGGUGGCGGAGUCCAUUGACUUCCACACAAUUGAGGUUGAAUCACAAUAUGCUGGUCCUAGAAUCGAGGGAGAGGAAGUUACUUUGGAUUUUGUGAAACAGAUGCUGGAAGAAUUCAAGAACCAAAAAACAUUGCAUAAACGUAUGCAUAAUCAAAUGGUCUUACAGACAAGGAAAAAUCUUGCAAGCACUGCCCUUCCCUGGUUGAUAAUCAGUGUACCUGGCAAACAUUUCACCGUCUGCGGUGAUAUUCAUGGUCAGUUUUAUGAUCUCCUUAAUAUUUUUGAACUUAAUGGCCUCCCUUCCGAGGAGAAUCCAUACUUGUUCAAUGGCGACUUUGUGGACAGAGGAUCCUUUUCUGUUGAGAUAAUCCUGACGCUGUUUGCUUUUAAGUGCAUGAGUCCAUCAUCCAUAUAUCUUGCUAGAGGGAACCACGAAAGCAAGAGCAUGAACAAGAUAUACGGCUUUGAGGGUGAAGUUCGGUCCAAGUUGAGUGAGAAGUUCGUUGAACUCUUUGCCGAAGUGUUCUGUUAUCUUCCGUUGGCUCACGUCAUCAAUGAGAAGGUAUUUGUGGUGCAUGGAGGCCUCUUCUGUGUCGACGGUGUAAAGCUUUCAGACAUCAGAGCCAUCGAUCGAUUCUGUGAGCCUCCCGAGGAAGGAUUAAUGUGUGAGCUGUUGUGGAGUGAUCCUCAACCUAUCCCUGGGAGAGGCCCAAGCAAGCGAGGAGUUGGUCUCUCAUUUGGUGGAGAUGUAACUAAAAGGUUUUUGGAAGACAACAACCUAGAUUUGGUGGUGCGGUCACAUGAAGUGAAAGAUGAAGGGUACGAGGUUGAUCAUGAUGGUAAACUCAUCACCGUCUUCUCUGCACCUAACUACUGUGAUCAAAUGGGAAACAACGGAGCCUUCAUUCGUUUUGAAGCUCCAGAUAUGAAGCCAAACAUUGUUACAUUCACAGCAGUGCUUCACCCGGGUGUGAAGCCAAUGGCAUAUGCAAGCAAUUUUAUGAGGAUGUUUAACUAACUAAGCAGAAAGCUUCUUCAACGGAAAUGCUAAGCAGACUCAAGACCAAAAGUGUUUCAGAAACAUAAUCAUAUAAGUUUUUUUUUCUUUUGCUUUUCUAUCGUCUUCUUCAGUUUUUUUUUUCAUGUUGUUUCAGAAAAAGGAGCCCAUGAUAUAAUUAAAAGGUAC